UCCCGCGCGCGGCUGAGUCCCGGCUACAGUGCGAGCUGCGGUCCCUGCGCGCUGCGCGAUCGCGCGAUGGGCAAGUGGAGCAUCGGGCGAAAGCCGGGCCGCACACUCGGACUCCUGCUGCUGGUGAUCUUGAGUUUCCUGGUGCUCUGCAGAUUGGAUUGGUAUAAUCUGCUCCCUGCGUGGCUAAGACACCGGCAGUCAGGGCUGCAGGCCAACGGCCAAUACUUCAUGCUGGAGGACUCCACUUUCUGGAUCUUCGGGGGCUCCAUGCACUAUUUCCGGGUGCCCAAGGAAUACUGGAAGGACCGUUUGCUGAAGAUGAAAGCUUGUGGCUUGAAUACCCUCACCACCUAUGUUCCAUGGAACCUCCAUGAGCCAGAAAGAGGCAAAUUUGACUUCUCUGGGAACCUGGACCUGGAGGCCUUUGUGCUGAUGGCUGCGGAGAUUGGGUUGUGGGUGAUUCUGCGUCCAGGCCCCUACAUCUGCAGUGAGAUUGACCUCGGGGGCUUGCCCAGCUGGUUACUCCAAGACUCUGGCAUGAGGCUGAGAACAACUUACAAGGGCUUCACCGAAGCAGUGGACCUUUAUUUUGAUCACCUGAUGUCCAGGGUGGUGCCACUCCAGUACAAGCACGGAGGCCCCAUCAUUGCUGUGCAGGUGGAGAAUGAAUAUGGUUCCUAUAACAGAGACCCUGCCUAUAUGCCUUACAUCAAGAAAGCCUUGGAGGACCGAGGUAUUGUGGAAUUGCUCUUGACUUCAGACAACAAGGACGGCCUGCAAAAGGGAGUCAUGGAUGGAGGUGCCUGCCUGGAUGCUGUAUUUGUGAACACAGUGUCUGUAGGAUUCUUGGACUAUGAAAGGAAGAAGAUUGUUAUUCCCUUGAUCCAGGGUUACACCAGGCUGAGGAUCUUGGUGGAGAAUCGCGGGCGAGUCAACUACGGGGAUAACAUUGAUGACCAGCGCAAAGGUUUAAUUGGAAAUAUCUAUCUGAAUGAUUCUCCCCUGAAAAAAUUCAGAAUCUACAGCCUGGAUAUGAAAAAGAGCUUCUUUCAGAGGUUCAGCGUCGACAAAUGGAGCCCUAUCCCUGAAGUACCUACGUUCCCUGCUUUCUUUUUGGGUGCCUUGUCUAUUUCCCUUUCCCCUUUUGACACCUUCAUGAAGCUGGAGGGCUGGGAGAAGGGGGUUGUAUUCAUCAAUGGCCAAAACCUUGGACGCUACUGGAACAUUGGACCCCAGGAGACCCUCUACCUCCCAGGUGCCUGGUUGGACCAAGGCAUCAACCAGGUUAUUGUUUUCGAGGAGAAGAUGGCAGGCCCUGUGAUACAGUUCACUGAAACACCCCACCUAGGCAGGAGCCAGUACCUUGAUUGAGCAGCACUGCCCCGCACCCCCUGGUGGCGGGAAGCAGGAGAGCACCACUGUCCCCCUCAGCUGACCGGAGCCUGGUGCUCUGCUCCCUCACACCCUCCCACGCAGGAGAGUUUCUUUAAGUAGCAUCCUCAGGCAGCCAUGUGGCUACAGCAAGGCCCACUCGUUCAGUUCAAGACCCUAAACUUGGAAGAACUGAAGAAGAAAAGUGGGAUAGGAGGGUGGGACCCCCUCCUUACCUAAGUGGCUUUUUAAAAAAAAAAAAAUUGUUAUGUUAAUCACCAUACAUCAUUAGUUUUUGAUGUCCUAAGUGGCUUCUUGACUGGGCUUUGUUGCUGGCACCUGUCCUACUUCCCUUCUCUUCUGGGAGAGGACAGAGGGACGCCUCUCUAGGGUAGGAAUGUCUAAUCAGAUGUCCACGUGAUGAUGCCUGGGGCCCUCAGUUGGGCAUAACUUCUAGACACAGGUUUGCUCCUAUGAUGUUCUCACCUGUGCUCAACCAUGCCCCUCCUGGCCCCUUUUCAUCUGAAAUAGAAGGUUUGUCACCAUUUGUAGAGGAUAGGGAAGCGGGUGGGUGUUUCACCUGAAUCAUCUUUGUUCUUCUCAACCCUCCCCAAGCCUUCUCUGGGAUUCUGGAAGAAGCUCUGAGAGACACACACAUUUUCUUCUCAUUUUCCACUCUAAUUGCAUCUGACAGGAUGACAACCCAAGCUUAGGAAAAACAGAAAUACUCAGCCACUUAGUUUCCUGAAUUAGAGAGUAUUCCCAGUUUAACUCAAUGAGAAGAAGCAUCAGCUGAGGAGGGAAUGCAGACCCUAGUAAGAACCACACCCUGGUCUGAAGGCCCAGCUCUGGGGGCACGGGCAGGUAGUCUCCCCGGAAUGUUGGUGUAGCCACGGGGCCCACAGGCCUAGUCCAGAUCUUGCCUCCAGCUCAGUCUCUCUCCCUCAACUCCCUGUAACUAAGCAGCAGGGAGGAGAAGCAGCCUUCCUUUGCAGUUGUCUGUCCAAAUUUGAGGCGCUUGUUCUGGGGAUUGAAUCCACUGGGUUAGCUCUGGUUCCCUGUCCUGAAUUGCAAUAAAGCAACAGAGUUGAAUCAAACCCUUUUUGGUGAUACUUUCCUGGUCCCGUCUGUGCCCCUGUUUAUCACAGGCAAAGGCAUCGUGGGGUCAGGUACCCACUUAGCCCAUCCGGCACUCAGAGUCUAGACAGACUUGACCCAGUUAGUGGAUGAUCCAGCCCCUGUCUCCUUACCACCUCCCUCCCGACCUUCAUUCUGCCUGAAAUGUCAUCGUGAAUCGGCAGUGCCCUUGGGGAGGAGAAGUCCUAUACAGAUCCGUUCUGGUGCUGGUAGGCAGGUGGUAAGAAUCUGCUGGACAGCCAGGAGCUCUCCAUGUGAGGUAGCGGGUGAGUUUUCCUCAAUGUAACAUCUGGAUUGCACUGCCACAGACUCUCUUCAGUAGUAAUCGAAGUUAGAUAGCCAACGCCUCCUCGGAACACUGCCUGUGCUAGGAGCCCAUAAAGACCUUUGGG